AAUUCUAAAAACGUUUACGCAGCCUUACGUGAUCACGUUCGUGACGUUGCGCAACUUCCGUUCGCGGUGCAGUCUGGGUCACGGCUACACAACUCACAGGCUGGCGUAACUUGGGGGCUAGCUGAACGUUUGAAAUGGAUGUGUUCUUAAUGAUUCGGCGUCACAAGACCACAAUCUUCACAGAUGCCAAAGAGUCCACCACUGUCUAUGAGUUAAAACGAAUUGUUGAAGGAAUCCUGAAAAGAGCACCUGAAGACCAGCGGCUCUACAAAGAUGAUCAGUUGCUGGAGGACAGCAAAACUUUGGGGGACUGUGGAUUUACUAAUCAGACUGCCAGACCUCAAGCGCCGGCUACAGUGGGUCUAGCUUUCCGUACAAAUGAUGAGAUGUUCGAGCAGCUGCACAUCGAGGCCUUCUCUAGCCCCCCAGAACUGCCCGAUGUGAUGAAGCCCCAGGACUCUGGUAGCACUGCCAAUGAGCAGGCAGUGCAGUGAUAGCGGGGGGGCCACUCGAGCGUCAGAGACGGGAGUUGGUCUGUGGAUCAACUGCAGUGAAGAAGUAGCGGGGUGGUUUGAUAUGUAAUAUAACUUAAUUUGAUGGAUGGAGGGGUAUAUCUAUGUUGCAUUCAUGCUGUCACAUCAAUCCACCCCCCCUCACACACAGCCCUCCCUUAUUCACAGAAACUUUUCUCCUUAAACUCUGGGUUUUCCAUCACUUCCAGUCAUGAAUUUGCUGAUUAGCACCAACAGGCUCAAAGCUCUGACUGAAGAAGAAGCUGGUUAAGAAAGUACGAGUGGGUGUGUUUAUUUGAUUUAUUAGAAUUAUUAACAUUAAAGAUUUCGGAAAAGGUGGAGUCAUAGUCGUCACAGUGCUCUAGAAGUGAUGUGCAUGGGUGAAAGUUCAGUGUUUGAAUUAGCAAGCUGCAUGAACAACUUCAAAACAAAAGCUUUAUUUUCACAUAAACAGACCUGCCACUGAUUCAUUUUCUGGGUCACAAUCUGAUUUUUUUUUUGUACAUUUAUAAUUUGAUUCCAUACAAGGACAGAACUUCUUAAAAACCCCUUUUGUUUUUCCUCUUAUAUUUUAUUUUCUGUCUUUGUUGGUGUGUGUUUUGUGCACUGAGACGAAUGGCAGGUACUUCCCGGAUAGCAGGACGACGUUUGCCUUUAGAAAAUGUCUGUACAGCAAACACAAGAGGAGUGUUAACGUUUCAUAAUCCUUCAUUUUGUAAAUGUCUGCAUAACUGUCCAACCCCUUCUCACACAAAUGGCUUGUAACUGUAAGCUUACUGAAUUAAAAAAAAAGUUUUGGUUGUUUUUUUCUUUUUUUUUUUUUUCCUUAUUUUAUUUGAAAUGUAGGUCAAAGUAUGUGCAUGUCAUAAGAUUUAUGUUAGAAAAAGGAAAAUAUAAUGACGUACCAUCCAAAGCAGGCACUGGAUCAGAUUGACUUAUUUUUCAAUUUUUGUCACAUUUUUGAUGUUCUUUGUCAGAAACGUCACAAAAAAAGCAUUUGUUUAUCUUAAGACAAGAGUCACUUUUUUCUGUUUUUCCAAUAGAAUCUAAAUAAACAAGGAAACAAACUG